UCCCCCCCCUCUCUCCCCACCCCUGGUGAAAACUGCGGCUUCGCUCUGGGUGCAGCAACCAGAGGCGUUGGUGCACCAAGAGGAGGCUGCAAGCUAGGGGAGCCCAGACCCAGGACGGAGCUCUUGGCACCAUGAACCCAGUCAUCAGCAUCACUCUCCUGCUUUCAGUCUUGCAGAUGUCCCGAGGACAGAGGGUGAUCAGCCUGACAGCCUGCCUGGUGAACCAGAACCUUCGCCUGGACUGCCGUCAUGAGAAUAACACCAACUUGCCCAUCCAGCAUGAGUUCAGCCUGACCCGAGAGAAGAAGAAGCACGUGCUGUCAGGCACCCUGGGGGUACCUGAGCACACUUACCGCUCCCGCAUCAACCUUUUCAGUGACCGCUUUAUCAAGGUCCUUACUCUAGCCAACUUCACCACCAAGGAUGAGGGCGACUACAUGUGUGAACUUCGAGUCUCGGGCCAGAAUCCCACAAGCUCCAAUAAAACUGUCAAUGUGAUCAGAGACAAGCUGGUCAAGUGUGGUGGCAUAAGCCUGCUGGUUCAAAACACUUCCUGGCUGCUGCUGCUCCUGCUUUCCCUCUCCUUCCUCCAAGCCACGGACUUCAUUUCUCUGUGACUGGUUGGGCCCAAGGAGAAACAGGAAACCUCAAGGUCUGCUGAAGAGGUCUUGCUUCUCCCGGUCAGCUGACUCCCUCCCCAAGACCUUCAAAUAUCUCAAAACGUGGGGAGAAAUGGGGACCCUGUCCCUCCUAGGGAACCCCAGUGCUGCAUGCCAUCACCCCCACCCUCACCCCCGCCACUUCACCCUCAAUGCACACCACGAGCUGUCAUUUUGUACUCUGUAUUCGGGGCUGCUUCUGAUUAGUUUGUCCUUUCCUGGAGACCCGAUGGAACACAAGGGCGUAUGAUGGGCAGUGAAGAGGCAGGAUAUCAUUCCCCCGGGGCGAGUUCCUCCUUGCCUUCUAAGCCAGAUGCCUGAAAGAGAUAUGGAUGAGGGAAGUUGGACUGUGUCUGUGCCUGGUAUAGUCAUACUCUGUUGAAAGUAUUGCCCAGUAGGCAGGGAGGGGGAGGGGCCUCAAGAUAGGAGAGCGCUGCUGAGCCUUUGUGGACCAAACAAUAAGGACAAGAACUUAGAUUGUACCAGGCCAUUCUCAGCCACCACAUACAAGCCCCCUUCUAGCACUGAAGAAGGGCCAGGGCACACUCAAUAAAGAUGCAGGUCCAGCCAGGGAAUGUUGGGGGAAGGGUUAGGAGGUCAGGGACAGAUCACGCCCCCUCUAAAACAUGAUCCUGCUGUUUCCAAAGGCCACACUGCCUACAGUGAGAGUAGCAGACCAGUCCCCCUUCUCUGCCUCCAAGGAGCCAGAACUCUGACUCCAGGAUCUAAAUCAGUGCAGGAAGUGGGGGGGGGGGUCCUAGAACCAACCAGUUGGACCCAACUUGCUAAUGGAGAUUUUUUUGUUCUUUCCCUUGCCCCUCUCUGCCAGCCCCUCUUGCUGUCCCUGAUCCCCCAGACAACCAGAGUCUUGCAACCUGCCCCUUACAGGACCUCCUAGUCUCAGGGGCAGGUCUAGUGUGUACACUUUUUGGAAGAUAGUUUUUCCAAGUGUCUUCUUCCCCACGGGCAGCUCUACCUCUCCCAUCACCAUGUGUAAUACCACCACAGCUUACGGCACCUCACCAAGGAAGAGAACUGCACAAUAAAACCAAGCCUCUGGAGUCUG